CAUAAGAACUUCUGGCGUUCAAUACUUGUUCACGAAUAAAAGUAUUUCUAAAUCCAGUCUCAACGAACUUACGUCGUCCAUGCUUCCAAGACUGUCAGAUAUUAGAAACAUUGAUUCAGUCCGGAUCUAAAGCACGUUGUGCCUUUGUUAGAUCUGUGCCUUUGUUAGAUCGUGUUGACCUAAGCCUGACUCAUUUAUUUGAACUACAUAAAAUUCAAAUGCUACAACCAUAUAAAAUCUAUAAUUUACUAAAUUAAAGUUAUUAGGCAAUGCUAUCAUUAUUUAACCACAUAAAAGUUCAAAUAUUACAACAAUAUAAAGUUUAUAGCUUACUAAAUUAAAAAAUAUAGGCUUCAUUGGACCCGGUGACCGUAGUUUAAAAAUUUAGGUUAUAUCAGUCUGGUCCAUAUUAUUUACUAUCAGACCGUAGUUUAGGCUCGUAAUAGACCGUGCUCAUGCUAACUAAAAAGUCUGGCCUACGUUCCCAUAGCUACUCACAAUCAUGAAUAAGCCCAUUUCGCCACGUGUAUUAUUUCCUCCCCGGUGACCGUGAAGGCGUCCGGGAUCACGUGCGAAUCCACGACGCGCCACCAGCCUACCACCGGUGACCGGCCGGCCGCACUUCGCUACCUGUCACCGCCGGCGGAAAUGGCACACGUUUCUCAGUUCUCACGCCUUGACGCGCGCAGCCGACGGACAACUGCUUUCUUCCCCCUCCAGCCCUCCCACUAUUUUAAACGGACCCGAGGCUCAGUACAGAGCACUGACACGCUCGCCUAAUUAUAACCACACCGCCUAGCGCCACUCCCCACGUCACUCGCUGUCUGUUGUAGCACCGCACCAGUCUUCGCCGCCGGUCCGCGGGCAGAUCAAGAGAUGGCCACGGCGAUUUACCUCUCCUCCCCGGCGGCGCCGUCGUCGUGUGCCCGCCAGCGGCGGCAGACUACCAGGGCGACCGCGUCGGCGACGGACCGUCCGCGCGAGGUCGUGUCCCCGAAGCGUCGGCUCCCGCUGCGGAAGGUGCCGGGCGACUACGGGCCGCCGGUGCUGGGCGCGAUCCGCGACCGGUUCGAGUACUUCUACGGGCCCGGCGGCCGCGACGGGUUCUUCACCUCCCGCGUGCGCGCGCACGGCUCCACCGUGGUGCGGCUCAACAUGCCGCCGGGCCCCUUCGUGGCGCGCGACCCGCGCGUGGUGGCGCUCCUCGACGCCGCCUCGUUCCCGGUGCUCUUCGACACCUCGCUCGUCGACAAGACGGACCUCUUCACGGGAACCUUCAUGCCGUCCACCGAGCUCACCGGCGGCUACCGCGUGCUCUCGUACCUCGACCCCGCCGAGCCCAACCACGGGCCGCUCAAGACGCUCCUCUUCUACCUCCUGUCGCACCGGCGGCAGCACGUGAUCCCCAAGUUCCGCGAGGUGUACGGCGACCUCUUCGGCCUCAUGGAGAACGAGCUCGCCAGGGUCGGCAAGGCCGACUUCGGCCACUACAACGACGCCGCCGCCUUCUCCUUCCUCUGCCAGGCGCUGCUGGGGCGCGACCCCGCCGAGUCCGCGCUCCAGGGCGACGGGCCCAAGCUGAUCACCAAGUGGGUGCUGUUCCAGCUCAGCCCGCUGCUCAGCCUCGGCCUGCCCAAGCACGUGGAGGACUCCCUGCUCCACUCGUUCCGCCUCCCGCCGGCGCUGGUCAAGAAGGACUACGACCGGCUGGCCGACUUCUUCCGCGACGCGGCCAGGAGGGUGGUCGACGAGGGAGAGCGCCUCGGGGUCGCGCGGGAGGAGGCGGUGCACAACAUCCUCUUCGCCAUGUGCUUCAACUCCUUCGGCGGCAUGAAGAUCCUGUUCCCGUCGCUCGUCAAGUGGCUGGGCCGCGCCGGCGGGCGCGCGCACGGCCGGCUGGCGACGGAGGUACGCGACGCCGUGCGCGCGCACGGCGGCGAGGUGACUAUGAAGGCGCUGGCGGAGAUGCCGCUGGUGAAGUCGGCCGUGUACGAGGCGCUGCGCAUCGAGCCCCCCGUGGCGAUGCAGUACGGCCGCGCCAAGCAGGACAUGGUGGUGGAGAGCCACGACUAUGGCUUCGAGGUGCGCGAGGGGGAGAUGCUCUUCGGCUACCAGCCCAUGGCCACCAAGGACCCGCGCGUCUUCGCGCGCGCCGAGGAGUACGUGCCCGACAGGUUCCUCGGCGAGGACGGCGCGCAGCUGCUCCGCCACGUCGUCUGGUCCAACGGCCCCGAGACGGCGUCGCCCACGCUGCAAGACAAGCAGUGCGCUGGCAAGGACUUCGUCGUGCUCAUCGCUCGCCUCCUCGUCGCCGAGCUCUUCCUCCGCUACGACUCCUUUGACGUCCAGGUCGGCGCCUCCGCGCUGGGGUCGUCGGUGACCAUCACCUCGCUCAAGAAAGCCACCUUCUGAGCUCUGAUGGACCGCCCGUCAAAGUCGCCGGAGGCUGGCACGUGCACUUUUUUUUCACCGUAGAAUAUACUGCAUCGUACUUGUCUGCCCCCAUCCCUCUCAAUAUUUUUCUAGCGCUUUGAUGUGAUCAUCAGGUAUAACAAAAUGCCUAUUCUUAGUAAAACGAGAGACCGUUUUUUUUUCAGGCAAAUUUGAUAGCGAACUGAGGGAGACAUGCACAUACUGUUCAUGUUGCUUAGGUACUGUUCGGUUAUUCCUGUAGGAGAUGGGAUUGAGAAAAUUUGUAAAAGGUUUUCAACGGAUUUAAACCUAUCGAUCUCCUUUAAUCUAUAUAGAAUGUAUGAAUUGGGAUGAAAA